AUGGUUGCUAGACUGUUCUCAUAAUAUAGUUAUUUAAAUCAAAUAGAGGAGGAUAUUUAACACUAAAAUGAAGAAUUCUAAUAGUAAGGAAUUAAAUUUAAUAAAAGUAUCAAGAGACAAAAAUAAUCAUUUUAUUUUGAGUAAACUUUUUUUUACUUUAAUGAGCAAUUAACCGAGAAUAAGUUGA